AUGUCGCUCAAACUACAACUCCCUGCACCUGGGGAUCGAGCACCGGCGGCGAUGGAUACGAUCGCGGGAGACGGGCAGACUGAAAGACCAGGCGUCCGUCGCAGCCAGAUACCGGGCCUGGAUGCCUUUUCGCCCGUCAACGAGAACGGGAGCUUCGAGUUUGAUCGCGUGCUGAAGCGAGGCAAGGUCCUGCGGCGGUCGAAGAGCAAGCAUGCAUUCAAGUCGUCGUGGAAGCCGGGAUACUUGGUCCUGCGGCCGAACCUGCUCUCGCUAUACAAAGACAAGGAGGAGGCCCGUCUGCAGCUCGCCCUCAACCUCUCCGACGUAUCCGCCGUUGCACACCUGAAGGCGACGUCCAGGUCGAACAGGCCGAACGUCUUUGGCAUCUUCUCGCCCUCGAAGAACUACCGGUUCCAGGCUACGUCGGCGGAGGAGGCGGAGUCGUGGGUUGACCAGCUGCACCGGGAAUGCUCGGUCGACUAUCCGGACUCGGUGGUCAACUACUACGAGCAGAUACACGGCCGGAAGCAAGCCGCAGAGCCAGACGAGAGUGCCUGCGAGAUGUCGGAUGUCGAAGGUAGAGGAGCUGGCCAGGCGCAUUCUCUGCUCACAGCACCCGCACCGGGCCCUCGACUGAAGCGCCGGACGACCCAAGACUACUCGGGAAAUGAGAUCACAUCCUGCUCCGAGUUUUCUGACGCUGCCGGCCAGUCGAUGCCUUCAUCUUCCUCCCAUCCAGUACUCAACCGAAUAUCCUUCUCCCAAUCCACUUAUAGCGACCGUCAACAUCACCAGCAGCAGCCGCAGCCGCAACCACAGCAACAGCCUCAGCAACACCAACAGGCCAUGCUACGCCGUCUGACCAGUGGUCAGAGCGAAAGUCAUCCCCAGCCGGACCCCGAGGGCGUCAUAUUUCAAGGCUAUCUACAAUGCCUAAAGGGUAGAAAAGGUGUUCGCAAAUGGAAAAAAUUAUGGACUGUUCUGCGGGUUCAGAACCUCUCUUUCUACAAGGACCAGCACGAAUAUUCGGCUGUUAAGAUUAUACCAAUGGCCGAAGUCAUUAAUGCCGCCGAGGUCGAUCCGCUCUCACGCUCAAAGACCUUUUGCUUCCAGCUCAUCACGGAAGACGUCACCUACAGGUUCUGCGCCUACGACGACGAAUCGGUCGAUAAAUGGCUUGGUUCGGUAAAGAGCGUGUUGAUGAGGCUGCAAGAUUUGUCCUCCCAUCCUCCAGCCGGCACCCUGAGCGGUUCUUUGAAUGCUCGCUCAUAA